GGCCUAACUAAUUACAAUUGAGGGGCAGAACCUGCAAUAUUGGCUAAACAUCGGCGGCACAUUUAAAGACGUUUCUCGAACUCGGGCUCGCGGGAAGCCCUAGAAAGAAGUCGAGUUUCUGCCAAAAUAGCUUGGAGAGCUAAAAAAUGGAACCUGAAGCAGCGCUAGAGUUUGUGAAGCAGGGUGCUACUAUGCUACUUCUCGAUGUUCCUCAAAACACCCUCAUCGGUAUUGAUACCCACAUGUUUUCCACUGGGCCUAAUUUCAAAGGCGUGAAGAUGAUUCCUCCUGGCGUCCAUUUCAUCUAUUACAGUUCAUCCAACAGAGAAGGGAAUGAGUUCUCACCAAUAGUUGGUUUUUUCGUUGAUGCCAGCCCUUCAGAGGUAAUUGUUAGGAAAUGGGAUUCAAAGGAUGUGCGAUUUGUCAAAUUAUCCGAAGAAGAGGAAGAGAGAUAUGCUCAAGCGGUGAAAAAUUUGGAGUUUGACAGACAACUUGGCCCUUAUGCAUUGGAUCGGUACGGAGAUUGGAAGCACUUAUCUAACUAUAUUACGAAGAAUACCAUCGGAAGUAUUGAACCUAUUGGAGGAGAAAUCACAGUUAUUUCUGAAUCUGAGGUGGUUGAGAAUAUUCCUAAGACAGCCAUGGAGAAAGUCUUGGCUGAACAGUUGAAAAGUAGCAAGUUCUCGAAGCCUGUUGAGAAGUUGCCAAGUAAAGGUUGUUAUUACACCACAAUUCCUCGUGUUAUCAAGCAAAAGGGAGCUUCAGGACAAGAGCUUACUAACAUGAAUCUUGACAAGACACAAAUAUUGGAGACUAUUCUGAUGAAGCAACAUGGUGGUUCAGACGAUUCACUUCUGGGAGAGUUACAAUUUGCCUUUGUCGCGUUUCUGAUGGGACAGUCACUUGAAGCUUUUCUGCAGUGGAAGCUUUUAGUCAGCCUAUUACUUGGCUGUACAGAAGCUCCUCUACACACAAGGACUCAGCUCUUCACCAAGUUUAUGAAAGCAAUAUAUUAUCAGUUGAAAGUUGGAUUUCAAAAGGAUAGUAAGGAUACUGGCAGGGCGGAGAAGGGUGCAAUGACAUUGUUGGAUGAGUCUUUGUUGUCUGCUGAUAACUUCCUGCGUCACCUUUGUAAGGAUUUCUUCUCAUUGGUGCUUGAUUCCCCCAUGGUUGAUGGAGACCUGCUGACUUGGACUAGAAAACUGAGAGAGCUGCUUGAGCAGACUCUUGGAUGGGACUUCCAGCAGAACAGUGCAGUUGAUGGAAUGUACCUUGAAGAAGAUGAUGAGUUUGCUCCAGUGGUGGAGAUGCUAGAUGAUACAGAUCACGUUGAAACACCGUCAACAUGAUAGGUGGAGAUGCUAUAUGUCCACAUCACACUGAAACACCGUCAACAUAAAUAGGAAAAGUGAUCCAAAUGUAGUUAAACUGUAUGCCGAUAUUGAUGUAAGCAUGUUUUUGGGCGAGCUGCUGUUGAAAGAUUUUGAUCUAGUAGGCUAACCAAGGGCGGACCUUGCAUUUAGGCCUCCAAAUAUUAAAGGCCCCAAAAAUAUGAUGUACUACUAUAUUAUUAUAUAGUAUAUUCCCUCUGAUCACUUUUAGUUGUCAAGUAUUUUAAAAAUAAAUUUUUAUUUGUACUUGUCACUUUUCGCAUAUCAAGAGAAAAUAAUUUCUUUUU